AGGCCGCGGCGCGUUAUGGCGCUGCUAUUGCUGCUGCGGGGACCUCGCUGGCGGCGCCUGGCUCCGAGCCGCUGCCCUCGGGGCUGGGCCCGGGCCCUGCAAGGCGGCGGCGUGCUUCAGAGCCUCCUGUCGCGACCGCUCACCCCCACGUUUCAAGGGCUCGGCGCCUCGCUGGCAAAGCGGCAUCUGCUGCAGCACCCCGUUGGGCUCUGGAAACUCUUGGGUGGCACGUGCUAUUUUACUACCUCGGGCUCUCAGUGGAAUAAUGAUAAAAAUGAAAGACCUAAAAAGAAAUCUUCGGGGGAUGAUAAGGGGGAGGAGAAGCAGCGCAAGGAGGAGAAACAAGUUGCUUUCCACACUCGAUUGAACCAGUUACUUCUAUUGUCUAUCAUCUGGAUUCUGAUACAAUGCCAGAAAGAGAAUGUGGGCAUCGUUACCUGGAACGAGUUUGCGAAUGAGAUGCUAGCCAAGGGGGAGAUCCAGAGGGUGCAGGUGAAUCCAGAGACUGGCAUAGUGGAGAUCUUUCUGUAUCCAGGAGCAAUCAUACAUAAACAACGUGCACGUGUAGAGGUUUUCAGAAUGCCUGUGGUCAAUAUUGACAAGUUUGAAGAAAAGCUGAGCGCAUUGGAGGACCAGCUGAACAUUGAUAGAAAGGACAGGAUCCCAGUUUCCUACCAGCGCCAUAGCCCCUUUGAAAAGGCCCUCCAUUCCCUGGGAUCACUCGUAAUAGGAAUAGCCAUGUUUUGGUACUUCGGCCGUCUGGCUUUGAGAGCAGAAUGGGAAGGAGGAUUCAGUGCCUUUAACCAGCUGAAAAUGGCUCGCUUCACCAUUGUAGACGGGAAGUCUGGGAAAGGGAUCAGCUUCAAGGAUGUGGCAGGAAUGCAUGAAGCCAAAAUGGAGGUCAAGGAAUUUGUGGAUUACUUGAAGAACCCAGACCGUUACCUCCAACUUGGGGCCAAGGUGCCCAAAGGCGUCCUGUUGCUUGGCCCUCCCGGCUGUGGAAAGACCUUGUUGGCAAAGGCUGUGGCUACCGAGGCAAAAGUGCCGUUUCUGGCAAUGGCUGGCUCUGAGUUCAUAGAGGUGAUAGGAGGUCUUGGAGCGGCUCGUGUUCGUAGCCUCUUCAAAGAAGCCCGGGCUCGUGCCCCCUGCAUUGUGUAUAUCGAUGAGAUAGAUGCUGUGGGAAAGAAACGCUCAACCAGCAUGUCAUUCUUCAACGCUGAGGGGGAGCAGACCUUGAACCAGCUGCUGGUGGAGAUGGAUGGCAUGGGGACCAGGGAUCAUGUAAUAGUGCUGGCUUCUACCAACCGCGCUGAUGUCUUGGAUGAUGCUCUCAUAAGACCAGGGAGGCUCGACCGACACAUUUUUAUUGAUCUUCCAACACUCCAGGACAGGAGAGAGAUCUUCGAGCAGUACUUGAAGGGGCUGAAGCUCACCCAGACUGGCAGCUUCUACUCGCAGCACCUGGCUGAGCUCACCCCAGGAUUCAGCGGUGCUGACGUAGCAAACAUCUGCAAUGAGGCUGCUCUCCAUGCUGCCAGAGAGGGCCAUAAAUCCAUCCAUACCUCCAGCUUUGAGUAUGCUGUGGAGAAAGUCAUUGCAGGUACUGCCAAAAAGAGUAAGAUCCUAUCAAAGGAGGAGCGCCGGGUUGUGGCCAUUCAUGAGUCGGGCCACGUACUGGUGGGCUGGCUGCUGGAACACACAGACGCUGUGAUGAAGGUUUCCAUAGCCCCUCGAACAAAUGCAGUUCUAGGAUUUUCUCAGAUCCUCCCCAAGGACCAAUACCUCUACACCAAGGAGCAGCUGUUCGAGAGGAUGUGCAUGGCCCUGGGAGGGAGAGUGUCUGAAGCCAUCACCUUUAACAGAGUCACAACAGGUGCACAGGAUGACCUGAAGAAGGUGACCAAUACAGCCUAUUCAAUGGUGAAACAGUAUGGGAUGGUACCCAGCAUUGGGCAGAUCUCCUUCCCAGAUGCGGAGAGCAGCAUCGGCAUAAGUCGGCGCCCCUUCAGCCAAGGGUUCCAGCAAAUGAUGGAUCAUGAGGCCAAGGUGCUGGUGACUCAAGCUUACAGACACACAGAGAAACUCUUGCUGGACAACCGGAACAAGCUGCAGAUGCUGGCUGAUGCCCUCCUGGAAAAAGAAGUGAUAAACUAUGAUGAUAUCGAAGUCCUGAUUGGGCCUCCUCCCUAUGGUCCAAAGAAAAUGAUCGUUCCUCAGAGCUGGCUUGAAGCGGAGAGAAACAAGCAGGAAGCAAGAGAUGAGGAGACACCCCAGCAACCACCAGGCCCAGAGGAGGAGGAAGAGCUUGGUCGGAGACUAGUGUGAGACCCUUCCCAACCCAGGGGAGGAGGAUUUCAGACGUAUCUUCCUAACAGCCAACUUAAUCCUUCCCCUUUCAGCUCGAGUCAAAGGCACAGAGAAACUUGGGCCACUGUUAUCCCAUCCUUAACUACUGAGUAUCUCAGCCCUGGAUUAAGAGAGCUUCCCUCCAGGAGACAUUUGCUUAGAAUGCCAAGUCGGUUAACUCCAGGACAGGGGAGACUUGGUACCAAGGCUUAGUUGGGUGAACAAGGGGUGAUGGCUUUAAAUCUCUUGGGCACAGAGCAGUGUAAACAUUUUUGCAGGCACAACUUCAUCUGGAGGUCUUGUAAAUGCUUGUUGUAUUACAAGUGUCUGCUGCCAUUCCCUUCAGUGCCAGGGCUGCUGGAGUGGUUCUUUGGCCAUGAUAAUAGGAUAGAGGGGCACCAGGCAGUUUGGACGUGGUAGCUGCUAUGUGAUGUAACCAACUUCUUGUUUGUUUGCUUUUUAUCCGCUGUUGGAUUUAAAAAUUGUAUACAGACUGAGACCAAUGUUCACUGGAAUAAAAUGGUCUUAAUGUA